GGAGAGUUGCGUGGCGGGACCGCCAGAUGAUCCGGACCGAUGACCUCUUCUGCAGCCAUGACAGUCGGAAUUUCGUCCAUACGGAUUGAGCAGCUGCAUUACAUUAUUGCCUCUGCAUUAUGCAGCGUAGUAUCAUUCAACUUUCACGGUUUGCUCGUAUCCAGGCAGUGCAGCCACUUCCCCGCAUGUUCUGGACUGCGACGCGAUCUUGUCCUCUUCGCGUUCCCACUGCUUCAACUUUCGUUGCUACGCAUUCACCAAUCCGGAUGGCUUCAUCGACCGGUCAGCCGUCUACCAUUCGAUUUUCCGAAGGAGAAGACACAGCACAGGUAACGGCAGGGUUGAACUCGCUACGACAACGUGGAUGGCAGCUGGACCAGGAUGGAAUGGGAGUGACCAAGACCUUUUAUUUUAAGGCAUACUUCAAGGCAGUGAGUUUUGUGAAUGUGAUUGCGGCUGAGAGUGCAGCCAAGAAACACCAUCCGACUAUCACCGUGAGGUUCGGCUCGGUCGAUGUACACUGGACGACGCAUAAUCCGCGGGGCCUCUCUCAGAAGGAUGUGACCUUGGCAGAGCAUUGCGAGAACGGAGCAGAUUUAAUAGGCGCCGUGAAACAAGGCGAGGGGCAGAAGUGCUAUUGAGAGAGAGAGAGAGA